ACCUGAAAGGCACAGGCUGCGAGGUGUACAAGCUCCUGCUCCACGUAGAAUAGCGUCCACCUUCUGCUGCACCCUCCUGCAGAAAGACAGCGGCGCUCUGUUUCUCACGUCUGCCCCGGAAAGCAAGAGAAGAAGAGGGGUCGUAAUGUCAAUCAGCAGACAACAGCAGCAAAGGCCACUGAGCUAGCAGGCUAGCUGGCUUACGAGCUAUGUAUCGUUAGCGAACUAGCUGGUUUUAGCACCGAGCUGCAGUCCGAAGACCUGGUCUGUUAUUUUCUUUCCAGUGAAGCGACUGGGUAGCACGGCUAAAAAGUAAACAUUCUCGAUUGGGGGUGGAGCGGGUAUAGCAGGUGGAAGAGCCAUGCACAGUUGUGUGUGGAGCUCUAGGGCUCUCUCACCUGCCCUGCUCCCUCGGCUCUUCUCAGAUACUAGAUGCUGUGGACCCAGACUGGACCGCCUGGUCCUGUGGGGCUCAGUCCGGCUUUUAGCCACAGCUCAGGACAGCCACCCUACACCUCUACCCAGCCAGGCCCGAGUAGUGAUAUGUGGUGGGGGCAUUGUUGGAACAUCUGUUGCCUAUCAUCUUGCCAAGCUAGGGUGGACAGAGAUAGUGCUCCUAGAGCAGGGAAGACUUGGAGCUGGCACAACUCGGCUGAGUGCAGGAAUAGUAAGCGUUGCCAAACCCAUUGCUAUUGAGAGCCAAAUGGCAGACUACUCUAAUGCGCUGUAUGAGCGCUUAGAGGAGGAGACUGGCGUCAAAACAGGUUUUGUCAGGACUGGCUCACUGUGUUUGGCUCAGAAUCAGGACCGAUUCAUUUCCUUGAAGCGCUUAGCAUCAAGGCUCAAGGUACUUGGUAUUGCCUGUGAUGUCGUCAAACCCAAAGACGUUGCCAAGCUUCAUCCCUUGGUCAACAUUCAUGAUUUGGUGGGUGCUCUCCAUCUCCCCAGAGAUGCUGUGGUAUCAGCACCAGAUGUUAAUCAUGCGCUUGCUAUGGCAGCAGUAGGGCAUGGUGUCCAGAUCUAUGAAAGAACCAGUGUUAAUCAUGUUCUAGUGGAGAAGGGUCAUGUCACAGGAGUGGAGACUGAAAGGGGCACCAUUGAAUGCGAGUACUUCGUCAACUGUGCCGGACAGUGGGCGUAUGAGCUCGGCCAGAGUAGUGAAGUGAAAGUGUCAGUACCCCUGCAUGGCUGUGAGCAUUUUUACCUCCUCACCAAACCUCUGCAGGAGCCUCUGCCACCCAAUACACCAGUGGUGAUGGAUAUGGAUGGGCGGAUCUAUGUUCGGGCCUGGCAGGGUGGUGUUCUAUCAGGAGGCUUUGAAAAGAACCCCAAACCAAUCUUCACAGAGGGUCGCAAUCAGUUAGAAAUCCAGAACAUGCAAGAGGACUGGGACCAUUUUGAGCCCAUGUUAAGUGCCCUUCUGAGGAGAAUGCCAAGCCUUGAAUCCUGUGAGAUCCACCAGCUGGUGAACUGUCCAGAGUCUUUCACUCCAGACAUGCGCUGUCUCAUGGGGGAGACUCCAGGCGUUCAUGGUUACUUUGUCCUGGCUGGCAUGAACUCCUCUGGCCUGUCCUUUGCAGGAGGAGCUGGAAAGUACUUGGCUGAAUGGAUGACCUAUGGUUACCCAAGUGCUAAUGUCUGGCCUCUGGACAUCAAGCGUUUUGGGAAUCUGCAGAGCAGUCGAACUUUUCUGCGCCAUCGUGUGAUGGAGGUCAUGCCCCUGCUGUAUGAGCUGAAAGUUCCAAGGUGGGACUUCCAGACAGGCAGGCAGCUGCGCACCAGCCCCCUGUAUGACCGAUUAGACACCCAGGGAGCUCGCUGGAUGGAGAAGCAUGGCUUUGAGCGUGCCAAAUAUUUUGUCCCUGCUGGAAAGGAUUUGCUGGCCUUGGAUCAGAGUAAAACCUUCUACAAGCCAGACUGGUUUGACAUUGUUGGUGCUGAGGUGAAGUGCUGUAAGGAGGCAGUGUGUGUCAUAGACAUGUCCUCCUUCACCAAGUUUGAGCUCACAUCAAGUGGGGACCAAGCCCUGGAGUUGCUCCAGAGGCUGUGUGCCAAUGACCUGGAUGUUCCUGUAGGUCACAUUGUCCACACAGGCAUGCUCAAUGAGAGGGGUGGCUAUGAAAAUGACUGCAGCGUGGUGCGCCUUAGUAAGAACAGUUUCUUUAUCAUCUCCCCUACGGAUCAACAAGUGCAUUGCUGGUCUUGGAUAAAGAGGCACAUGCCCAGCGAUACACAGCUUCACCUAGAGGAUGUCAGCUGGAAAUUCACUGCUCUUAAUCUGAUUGGCCCUCGAGCGAUGGAUGUGCUAUCUGAACUCUCUUAUGUCUCAAUGACUCCGGAGCACUUCCCAUCUCUGUUUUGUAAGGAAAUGAGUGUGGGCUAUGCCAAUGGAAUCAGGGUAAUGAGUAUGACUCACACUGGAGAGCCAGGCUUCAUGCUGUACAUCCCUAUAGAGUAUGCACUGCAUGUGUAUAACGAGGUGAUGGCAGUGGGUCAGAAGUAUGGCAUUCGUAACGCAGGCUACUAUGCCCUGCGUAGUCUCCGCAUCGAGAAGUUCUUUGCCUUCUGGGGACAGGAUCUGGAGUCCUUCACUACACCCCUUGAAUGUGGUCGUGAGUUCCGUGUCAAGUUCGAUAAACACACAGAUUUCCUUGGUAGGGCAGCUUUGCUGCAGCAGCGUCAGGAGGGCGUCACCCGCCGUUUCAUCAUGCUGGUCUUGGAAGACCAUGACACUGAGCUGGACCUGUGGCCCUGGUGGGGUGAGCCCAUCUACCGCAAUCGUGAGCUAGUGGGAGUGACCACUAGCAGCGCCUACAGCUACACCUUGGAGCGCCAUGUGUGUCUGGGCUUUGUCAGCCCACCCAGCCUAGAUGGCACCCCUGCUGUGGUCACUCCUGACUUCAUCAACCGUGGUGAUUAUGAGGUGGACAUUGCUGGCCAGAGGUACCCAGCCAAAGCCAAACUUUAUCCUUUUAGCUCACUUUUCGCCCAGCAGAGACGGCGUAAGGAUGACAUGGAACUGAGCAACUUUCAGGGAAAGUAAGGAGGCAGACUGGACUUAGCGGCGAGGUACAGAACCAGUUUAAGGGUUUGAUUUAAUGAACAGGAUUAGUAGAAUGGCUUUUAAUGCAUACACCUCCACUUUUUAUCCUUUUGUACUGCGCUACUAGUGCCAACCUCUCCAUCUCGUUGCACAGUCAGUCCUGUUGGUUCUGUUAUUUCUUGCUUUGCCUCCUAAGUGCAAUAACUGUUAUACACCAAAUGAUCUGCCAGGAUCCUUGCUGCUGUAUGUAGUUAGUCUCUCUCAUAAUAUUGGGCUGUAGUUGUUUUUGUUUCAGCUUGUGACAACUCUUUCUAUGUUAUCUCUCUUUUGGGACUUCAGAUUCAGUGGUCUACUCUGGAUUUGAACAAUUAGUCUGAUCUAUGUUGACUGAUGUGUUCCCAUUGCUUUAACGCACAAAAAGAGCUGGAGCAGUAUUUUCUGUUUUACAGAGGAAAAGACCAAAUAAGUACGUCUGCACCAGUACCAUAGAUUGCAAGUUAGUUAACAGUCCAGGGUCUGGAAAGUAUAACUAUCUGAUUGUCAUUUUGACUGAAGUGGUCUCUUUGUUUAGUUGUAUGUUGACUAAUGAGAGAAGGCUUGUGGGGUAUCUGAGGAUUUUCUGGUGACUGAGAAACAGGGUGACGUAGAAAUUGGGUAAGAUGAUGUCCACACAAUCAUUAUAGUAGUUAAUGGUGCAUUUGUCAUCUUCCUCUUUAAUUUUCAUGUAUGUUUUGGUCUUGGUGCAUGUUUUCACUGUAGAUCUCUAAGAACCAAGCCAUUUAGGGUAUAUUUCAAAUAAAGGGAUGUAUUUUUCUAUAUGGACAGAGUGUACAAAAGAUUGUUUUUGGUAUAUGAAAUUUGUACAGUACUUUUAAGUUUCCUCUUAAUGGAUAUCAUGAUGUCUUCUUGAAAGGCAGAUAUCCACAAGAAAAUCACAUUUAAUUGUUCUUGAUGUAGGUUCAGUCCUGUAUAAAAGCACAUUUCAGAAAAUCUUGCUGUUUUAUGAAAAGGUCUUCAGUUGAUGUUUAUGAACUUUAAGUAACUCAAGCUUUGGAAAUUCAGAUGUCGAUAGAUCGGUUCGCCUGUUUGAUUCGACUGAAUUAGUGAUUAUCAGAAAUCAGCACUUUCUGUGUCUAUAUUGUGUCUACAUGUCUAUGUAUGGGGUUGUGGGUAGUGUAUAUAGAAUCUGGUGUAUAGUAUAUGUCUCUACAAAUCAGCUUUUAAUGUCUAAACCUUUUCUUUUUUUAAACAUUGCUAUUCUUUGUUGGUGCAGGAGAAUGCACUCCAGUAUAAUUUGAAAAAUGCACCUUAUAGUUCUCACUUUAUUAGGACUGAAACACUCUUAGAAAGUCAUUUUAGUUCAUUGAAGUUGUUUUUUUGUGCGAAAUGGUGCGUUUACUGUUCUGUUGCACUACCUAAUGAAGGUCAUUAUGCUUAAGAUGUACUAAUAAAUCCCUAAUUUGUUCAAACUUAGAAUUUUUAAAUAGUUUAAUCAGUGUGCAAUACAAAGUAAUUGAAGACUUGCUUUUAUUGCACAUUUGAACUCCUCUGUAGUGGAUCUUUACUGCUUGGGUUAAUGUAGACCUAACUUAAUUAUCUUGUAAGGUACUUCUCACAUUUUCUGUCAUGUGAGAGUGUUUUUAUUGCAUUCUCAUUCAAUCAAGUCUCUCAGAUUUUUCUGGCCUUUAUAACCGAGGUGAUCUACUCUGUUUGAGAGAGAUAUUAUCUGCUCUUAUUGAGAGAAACUUACAAUUUACAUAGGUGGGCAAAGGUAGUGUUAGGAAUCUCGUCCAAGGACUAUAGCGUGCUUGCCCGGGUGUCAAACUCUAGUCUAUAGUAAAGAGGGCAGAGGUGUUACUCACUACACUAUACAAACCAUUGAACAUUGAUUGAUCAUGGAAUCUGGAGAUGCCUUGAGCCACAAACCACACAUUGACUUCACCAAGGGCUGUUUAGUAUAGGCUAAUAUGCAUUUGGUGGAAAUCAGCCAAAUCACAUGCUACUCCAGACCUAAUAUGCAUUAUGAUUACAGUACAUUUUUUAUACAUUUAUAAAUACCUUUCUAAGCCUCCAUUUGUUUGUUUCAGUAGGGCUGAAGCAUGAUUCGAAGGAACAAUUUGAUGUUUUAUUUUUUACAGUGAUUUUCUAGCACUUGUAUCAAUGUCUGUCUUUAUCCAUUGAAGAGUUGAUGCAGAGACUAGACACUAUCUACUGUGCACCUUAAGGAUAUUCUGCAUAUGUGCCUUUUAUUUUGAGAACUAUGAGAGUGUAAGUUGUUGCUAGUUCAGAAUAAGUUGAAUACAGAGCAUGGAGGAGGCAGGGUUUUAGACUACAUUUAAAAAACAAACAACAAAAAAAAAAACAGCAUGAAUCUUAGAUUUCUUAUCCUCCAGAGAUUCAGGCUGAUUCUCAAGACUUAGGCAUCCAGUUUCAGUGAAUUUUGUUGAAAAGUUAACCAUAGCUGGGAGAAUGUAUUAGCUGUGCAGGGUUUGCCCUGACUGAUCUAUGAUCUACAAAUGAAAUUUUUUUGAAUACUAAUUCGAAAAUGUGUAAAAUGUAUUGUCUUCUAUUCCAAUGCACUUGGAGUAUCUAAGUUGUGCAGUGUUGUUGACUUCUGUACUGCUUUUGUUUCUGGCUGCUGUAUUUUGCAUCUCAAAUGAAACUCCUUUCCACUUUGUCUCCCAGAAUUGAGUCUGUUAUUAUAACUUGCCUUUGAUCCACUGUGGUUCUUGUAUUUAUGAUCUGUUGUACAGAUAUUUUGUUGUAUCUGUAUUAUAACUGUUGUUCAUAAAGCAAAAUACAUUAAA